AUGAAUAACAUAACAUGGUUGGGAGAGGGUGAGGAGGAGAGGAACGGGAAAGGGAAAGGAGGAAUGGAAUCAGACCCGUGGCUGGGAAUGGACAAGGCGUAUCACCUUCUCAUGUGUUUUUGCCUCACUUUUUUCUUCUACGCCUUCGCCUCUCUCACUCCCUACCGCCGCCACGCCAUUUCCAUCGGAUCUCUCCUCUCUCUUCUCGCCGGCGCCGCCAAAGAGGCCGCCGAUCACCUCGGCUACUUCCGCUCUUCAGGUGCUUCUCUCAAAGACGCCCUCGCCGACAUCCUCGGCGUCUGCAUCGCUUCCUUCGCACUUUCCCUUUUCCCAUUCUCAUUCCGAUCCCCUCCGCCUCCCAUCCCCCGCGCCCUUUCCCUUGUUUGA